AUGUGUUGGAGUAAUGGUGUGUAUGGAUGGCAAUGUCUGUACCAGCAUGUGCUGAUCACAGUAUAUUUGCCGCACUAUGCUGCGGAUACACAGCAUAUCCUAGAUGAAAUCACCAGCCCUGAUACCACGAUCCCAACUUCAACAACAGGCCAUUGUGUAAAUGGAUAUCCCUUUAAAAUUAUUUCGACAUUGAUGACAAUAAAUAAAAUGAAACUUUCAAUUACCCUAUUGUCAUCGAUCCUGGCUAUUUGCUCGGUUACUGUCGCUAGUCCAAUUCUCCCCAGUUCGGAUGCAGCUAUUGAAUUUGGCUCUGCAGACCAUCCUAACCCGUAUAGCGAGUAUAUGGCUGAUUGCUAUCCAAUUACGCUUGAUGGAAUAGUGACGAUCAAAAACUACGCGGAUGGUAAACGCAAUUUUGACCGAAAAAUGAAACCGUUCAACUUGAAAACCAUACAGAUUGAAAAUCAAAAAGAAGCGAUGAGUAAACUGAAUGCAAAAAUGGAGUUUCUGGCAACUCAAGUUGGAAACACCCGUGGUCCUUCAGUUUACGAAUCAGAGUUUCUCAAGCUUAAACCCAAGCACUUUGAAGAGCGUAGCAUUCUUGAAAAACUUGAAAAAAGCCUAGAGGAGCUCGAGCCAGAUUAUUUAAAAGCAAAGGACGGAUUGGACAAGCUAAAAUCGAAGUUUUAUUACUACCUCACAAGACAUGAUACGACUGGAGUAAUGGCUGCUGCUACGCCAAACCUGGAUUUAUAUCCCGGACUUAAAAAGUGCUUUAGUAUUUUUUACAAUGAUUUAUCAUAG